CAUCAACGUGCACAGCGUCUCGCAGGCCCAAACAAUCUUCAACUAUCGUUAUGAAGCCACAAUCCACAGCCAGAGCAUUGCGCUCAAUACGGAGAGUACUACCGCCAGCCUCAUCAAGUCAAACAGCACCCAAACAAUCGCCGUUCCGAAUACCUCCACUAAGCUCGCGAUGCAUAUCCACCACCGCCCCCAAACACCAUAACCCAACACCCAACUCGACAUCCACUGUCGACCCAACAGAGGUAUCCCACUUCAAUGCGCUCGCAUCAUCAUGGUGGGACCCUCACGGCCCCUCCCGUCUCCUCCACCUCAUGAACCCGCUCCGCCACGACUUCAUAACGCAAUGCCGCUCUUCGUUCUCUCCACCAAACCCGUCGGAGAAACUACGAUAUCUAGACAUUGGCUGCGGUGGCGGCAUCUUCGCUGAAUCAGCCGCGCGCCUACCGACUACCACCUCCGUCACAGCAAUCGACCCCACACCACAAGUCCUCUCCAUCGCCGAAGCGCACAAGCGGCGCGACCCUACACUUACCUCGCCCGGUAAACUCACAUAUUUGAAUACUUCUAUCGAAGAUCUACCGCGCCCGAAAUCAGACACAGAAGCCUUUGACAUCGUCACGCUAUUCGAAGUAAUUGAGCACGUCAACGCUCCCGGCCCAUUUCUCGAACACGUCCUCCCGCACGUAAAGCCUGGUGGCUGGUUGAUAAUGAGCACAAUUGCCCGGACGUGGACGAGCUGGGUUGUUACAAAUGUGGUUGCAGAAGAUGUUCUGGGUAUUGUGCCCAAGGGGACGCAUGAGUGGAGUAAAUAUGUCAACGAAGAGGAGUUGAGGAGUUGGUUUGCGAAACAGCCUGGUUGGGGGAAUGUCAAGUGUAUGGGUGUUGUGUAUGUGCCUGGGUUGGGGUGGAAGGAGGUUGCGGGGAGUCAGCAGUGGGGUAAUUACUUCUUUGGUGUUAGGAGAGAGGGUUGAUGAGGGGAUGAAGAGGGGUGUGAUGAUAUGAUGUGUAUGAGUUCUCGUAGAUGUAUGGGAGCAUAUGAUACCCUAGUAAUGUACAUUAUAUACAACAUCGUAGUCGCCUGACUGCUCACAUGCGCCAUACUCUCCUAGAUCUUUAUACACGGUGCUGUGUCAUCAUCAUGGGAAGCGCUGCACUGCGACCCUGUUCGUGGCAACGUUGCGCGUGCACCAGUUCUCCCCCACAGCAUCGUGACGUAUUCCAGCGCUUCUUCACAUCGUUUUCCUCUCAGUAUUGAAUUUGAGAUGUCGCAAUC